UGUAGGUGCCGUUGAAAAGUCUGAAUCCGCCUUCCCCAACAACACAGCCUGAGGAAGGUUCUCACCCUGUGCCUUAUUAUAACUACUCCCUCGCCUAACACCUGCCGAAACGCCUCGCAUAGGACUCAUUGCAGGCUAAACCAGCGCCUGGGGUUGAUGUGCGGCAGCGAUGGUGUUCUACCUUAUCGGCCUUGGGCUUGGGGACCCGCGGGACGUGACGGUGCGCGGCCUGGAGGUGAUCCGGGGCUGUGAGCGCAUCUACCUGGAGGCCUACACGUCCAUCCUCAGCGGGGGCAAGGAGGGGCUGGAGAAAUUCUACGAGCGGAAGGUGAUCUUGGCGGACCGGGAGCAGGUGGAGCAGGCAUCGGACGAGCUCUUUGUGGGGGCCAAGAGCAAGGACGUGGCACUACUGGUGGUGGGCGACCCUCUCGGCGCCACCACUCACACCGACCUCAAGCUGCGCGCUCACCAGCUGGGGGUGCCGGUGGAGAUCAUCAGCAAUGCGUCCAUCCUGAAUGCGGUGGGCUCGUGCGGGCUGCAGCUGCAUCACUUCGGGGAGACGGUGUCCAUCCCCUUCUGGCAGGACGGGUGGGAGCCGGUCAGCUUCUGCGACAAGAUCAACAAGAACCUGAGGAAGAAGCUGCACACACUCUGCCUCCUUGACAUCAAGGUCAAAGAACAGAGUCUCGAGAACCUGCUGAGGGGACGCAAGAUCUUUGAACCACCCCGGUACAUGCGCGUGGCCCAGGCCGUGCAGCAGCUCCUGGCCGUGGUGGAGAGGCACGACACCACCGCUGCCGACACCACCACCACCACCGCGGCCAACUCAGGGGCAGACUCGGAGUGGGUGCUCUCAAAAGACUCUCUCUGUGUGGGUUUGGCAAGAGUGGGAACACCGACGCAGCAGAUCAUGAAGGGAAAGUUGAAAGACCUAGUGGACUGCGACCUUGGGGAGCCACUUCACUCCCUUAUUGUGUGUGGGGAGUGCGACCCCAUAGAGGAGGAGGCCCUGGGGAAGCUGGCGGCCCACUUCACAGGGGAGCCGGAGCGAAGGGGAGGCAAGGGGGUGUUCCACAUGAUUGGGCUUGGGUUGGGGCAGCCUGGUGAUGUGACAGUGAAGGGACUUGAGGCCAUCAAGGGCGCAAACCGAGUGUUCCUGGAGGGCUACACAGCCGUCAUGGAGGGCGGCGUGGAGGCCAUGCAGACAUUCUACGACAGGACCAUCACACUGGCCGAGAGGGAGACCGUCGAGGCAAGACCAGACGACAUCCUGGAUUGCACACGAGAGGGCGACGUCGCAUUUCUGGUUAUCGGCGAUCCUCUCAGUGCCACCACCCACAUCAGCCUCCUCCUCCGCGCCCUGGAGAAGCGCAUCCCCAUCAAUAUCGUCCACAACGCCUCCAUCAUGAACGCCGUGGGCUGCUGUGGCCUCCAACUCUAUUCCUUCGGGGAGACUGUGUCCAUCCCGCUGUGGAGUGACGACUGGCGACCGGACGGGUUCUACGACAAGGUCUCCAGCAACCUAGAGAAUGGGUGGCAUACUCUGUGCUUGCUGGACGCCAAGACAAGCGAGCAGGGCCUGGAAAACAUGCAGAAAGGUGUCAGAGAAAUCAACAAACUCAACAACGCAAAAUCAGCACGUCCCAGUUUCAUGACGGCAUCCCAGGGCGCGAGGCAGAUACUCGAGGUCAUUAAGGAGAGGUCAGGGCAGGGCAUAGCGACCCCUGUGACCCCUGAGAACCUGGUGAUAGGCCUGGCCAGGGUGGGCACCAAAACACAGCUCCUGAAGGCCUGUACCCUGGAGGAGCUGGUCUCUGUUGAUCUUGGUGAGUCACUGCACUGCCUGGUGGUUGUAGGGGAGACUCACCCAAUGGAGGACGAGUAUAUCAACAUGUUCAGGUGAGGAGGAAGAGUAGGGAGGAAAGAGGAAGAUUAAAAUGAAGAGGAGGAAGAAGGAAAGGAAGAGGAAGAUUGAAAUGAAGAGGAGGAAGAAGGAAAGGAAGAGGAAGAUUGAAAUGAAGAGGAGGAGGAGGAAGGAAAGGAAGAGAAAGAUUAAAAUGAAGAGGAGGAGGAAGAUUAAAAUGAAGAGGAGGAAGAAGGAAAGGAAGAGGAGGAAGAGGGAAAGGAAAAAGAAGAUUAAAAUGAAGAGGAGGAGGAAAAUAAGGAUGAUAUAUACUUGCUCUGUUUUCUCCUCUCCUCCUCCUCCUCUUCCUCCUCCUCUUCCUCUGUUUCUUCUUCUCUCACCCUAUAGUGAAAACAGAUUAGCGAGUACAUUUUUGCGUCAACUCCAGCGUGUCCUUUCCUCCCCUCUGCUCCGCCACACACCCCCAACACCUACCUCUUCCUCUCCUUUGUUACCUACAGCUAACAUAUGCAAGGAAGGGACAGGUGUUGGGGCUGUGUGGCAGAGGGGAGGAAAGGACCCGCCAGACCCAAUGCAAAAACGUACUCGCCAAAAUGAUUUCACUGCAGCCAUUCCUUACCUUAUGUUACCUUACCUGACUUCCUAACCUUACCUUACAUUUUUUUUACUGUUUUUACCUUGCUUGCUUGUUUUGGUAAUAAAAAAGAGGGAUA